AUGUCAAGACCAGCACAUUGGCCACCGCCAAAUACGGUGAAUCCCGAUAACAAAGGGCCCAUGAUCGUCGGGGUCUUUAUCGGAUUUACGAUAUUUGCAGUCAUGGUAGUUGGCUUGAGGUUCUGGACGAGAUUGUAUAUCAUUAGGAAUAUUGGGAUGGAUGACUGGUUUAUCCUCGCGGCGACAAUCAACUUGUUGGCUUCGACAGUGACGAAUUGCCUUGUGGUCAAAUAUUACAGCUUUGGGAUGCACGUAUGGGACAUUGUCGCCGAUUAUGGCACUCUCGCAACAAAGAUGGACUUUGCAAACCAACUAGUCUAUCAUCCCAUCCUCGCACUCACAAAGAUCUCCAUCCUCGUCUUCUACUAUCGCCUCUCGGUCUCCGGUACCUUCCGCCAGGUCGUCAUGGCGCUCAUUGUCAUCAACGUGGCACUCACUGUGUCAAUCUUCUUUGCCGACUUCUUCCAAUGCUCACCCAUAAAUUACAUCUGGGAUAAGUCGAUCGAGGGAGGGAAAUGCAUCAACACAGAGGCAUUCUUUAUCUCCUCAGCGGCGCUGAACAUCGUCUCUGAUUUUGCGGUUCUACUGUUACCGAUCCCCAUGGUGUGGAAAUUGAAGAUUAAUACGAAGAAGAAGGUAGUGUUGAUAUUAUUGUUUAGCUUGGGUGGCUUCGUCUGUGCCGUAAGUAUCGUGCGCCUGCAGUCCAUCAUCAACAUGUUCAACCCCAACCAAGCCGACCCCACCUUCCAAGCCGGCUUCUUCUGGUCCGGCAUUGAGUGCAGUCUCGCCAUUGUCUGCGCCUCCGUCCCCUCCCUCAAGCCCUUCUUCGCAGUCAACUUCCCCAAGCUACUGGGCUCCUCCCUGGGCUCCCGCUACGGAGCAAACUCGCAGGGAAAGAUGUACAACGGCGGGCAGUCGUCACGCUCACGCGGACAGGCCUACGCGCUCGGGUCCAUGCAGAACGAUAAGAAUACGGUAUAUCACCCGGGCAAGGAUAAUGUCCUACAGACGACGAUCGCCAAGGGCCCAAAGAGGGAUAACGAGAGCGAGGAGAGUAUCAUACAUGGAGACGGCAUCUUGAGGACGAGGGAUGUACGGGUGGAAGUGGAGAGUCUGAAUAGUAAUGAUGGUAGGGUCGUUCCGUAG